AUUUUUCGUUAAUUGUGUGUUGAUAGAAAGCUGAUCAUAAGCGAAAAUGUCGGCUCAGAACUCUGCGGGCAUUCAGACCCUUCUCGAUGCCGAGAGGGAGGCUCAGAAGAUCGUUCAACAAGCCAGAGAAUAUCGCACCAAGCGCAUAAGGGACGCAAAGUCAGAGGCGCAAAAGGAGAUCGAAGACUACAGAAAGCAGAAGGAGGAAGAGUUCAAGAAAUUCGAGGCCGAGCACUCAAGUGGCUACAAGAAGGCCGAAGAGGAAGCGAACAAGGAAGCCGAGGUGAAACUUGAGGAAAUCAAGAAGUCCGGGAAAGCAAAGGGCCCCAAGGUGGUUGAGGAUCUGAUUCAUGCGCUGGUUGAUGUGAAGCCUGAGGCGUCAGAGAAGAUUAUUGUCAAGGCAUAGAAGGCUGGCUGCUCGUUGAUCGGCCGGUAGGGAUGAAGACAGUCAGUUGCUUUUCUUCUUUGAAACCUGUGAAUAGAGUAUUUUGCUCCAGAAUUGAGUGUGAUAUACACCUAUG